AUGGCGCAGAUCGGCGCGACCAACGGUGCAAGCGGCAUGCUCGCGCUGGAAGGAGAGAGGCGGGAGGUAGGAGACGGGAGCGAACAUGCAGGAGCGAAGAGCAACGAGCUCGCAGGGAGCCUUUGCCUGCAUGCAGAGAAGAUGGGUGCAGGGCUGCAGAAAGAUUCUUCGGAAGAAGCGAUAACGACACCGAGGUCGUGCGCGUCUUCUUCUGCUGGGUCAUGCUGCCGCCGGCCACUCAGCCUGAACAGGAGGGUGAUGGAUAUGCACAGCAAUGAUCUCUACUUCUUCUCUGAGCUGAGCAGGGCAGAGGGAAUCGAGGUCGGCAAGUCAUGGCUGCUGGAGAGUACGGGAGUCUCCCUCUCUAGAGCGUCUUCCCGGUCCUCUUCCCCCGUCCGCUCACCAAGCAGAGGAUCUUGCAGACUCAAGCUAACGAUCCCUUCCUCGCCAAGAACCAAGCGAAGCUCGCCCAUCCCCACACCGAUGGACAGGAGAAGGCGGUUGAGUGAUGUGAUAGAGGCGUUUGAGAACGAUUACUUCGCAAGGGCCAUGAGCUCACGGAAUCUCCUCGAGUUGGCAGCGCCUCACGACACUUUCGUCCAUGAGCAGAUCUGGGACUUCGUCUGCUAUCUGCUCAUGAGCUGCCUGAGGCUGCUCCGCUACCUGCUGUCGACUUCCAUCAUGGACCUGGAGCUGGAGACGUGCAGCAACCUACUGCCAGGGGGGUUGAUAACUUUCAAGAGCCUAUGGACAAGAUCGUCAAGUUCAUCAACUCAAGACAGCAGCGACAGCAAGGGGUCUUCCUCUCCUGAGAGUUUGCUAUCCAAGUCGUCAACCCCGAGGACCAGGAGCGCAGUGAAGCAGGAGUCCACUGUCUCAGACCCGACGGCUCUUAAGUGA